CCUUGUCAUGCUCGUAUUGGAAACAUGGCAGUCUGCUUGCGCCGGUUACACCACGUUUCGUUCCACGUUUCCAACGGACAAAAGUUAGCCAAUGACCUUGUCUCCAAAUACAAAUUUAACGUGUUUGCCACCAGGCUGACUGACAAAUCCAAGCAGGUGGUCUACCGGAAAGGAGCGGCGGUGUUCGUUGUGAAUGAGAGACCCAGCCUGGGCGGUGAGGGAUCAAAUGAAUGGAUGCAGCUCGGAGGAAACCAUGAACCUGCACCUCACUGGAUCAACAAAAGGAGUCACCCAUCGUUUCUUUACGAUGUCCACCUGCAACACCCGGUGGAUUCUGUCAGCAACGUGUGUUUUGAAGUAGAGGAUGUGGAAAGGUCAUUCAAGGUGCUCCGCCAUCUGGGCUGCGACUUUCUAGUGCCUCCCACAACCGUUGAGGACGAGAACGGUGUCGUAACUUACUCCGUGAUUAAAUCUAUCGUGGGGAACGUUUGCCAUACUUUAAUUGACAAGACAAAGUAUGGAGGGACGUUUUUACCAGGCUUUAAUGUCACUGAAAAGGACUGGGGUUCGGAAAAGGAGGACUUGUCUUGUCCAGUUACCCAUUUUGAUCACAUAACUUAUGCCUGUCCCAGGAAGUCCACCCAUCAGGUCAUGGGCUGGUAUGAGAAGCUGUUUGGCUUUCACAGGUUUUUCAUUGAUAGUCAAGAAGAUGUGGACGAAGGUUUUGUCGUGAACCAGGAAGGAGUCGGACUUCGGCUCACUGCCAUGCAGUACUGGAAGUGCAGCAAAGCUGGCAUCACGCUUCCCUUUACGGAUAAGAAAGAACCGGACUGCAAGUUGGUCAUCGCAGAGUCCCUUCCUCAUCAAGGUCCCAACCAGGUGGAUACCUUCCUAGAGCAGCACACGGCGGCCGGCAUCCAGCACAUCGCACUCUACACCAAAGACAUCGUCUCUGCUACAAACGCCAUGGCUGAAGCUGGAGUUCAGUUUUUCUCCCCACCUCCUGCCUACUACACAGAGGUUGGGAAGCAGAGGGAAAUAGAGGAAGUGGGACACAAUCCACGGAUACUUUCAAAGCAUGGCAUUCUCCUGGACACAGACCUGCAGCACGAUCCAUCGUCUCAGAAAGAAUGCAGCGGAAACAAAAGAUAUCUCCUCCAGGUGUUUACAAAGCCCCUCUUCGCUGAGGACACUUUCUUCCUGGAGCUGAUCGAGCGCAGAGGGGCGACGGGUUUCGGCGAGGGGAACAUCCGUGCGCUGUGGAGGUCUGUGCAGGCGUACAUGGAGAACGAGAGGACAGAUUCUCAGGGAGAGACUGUGCAAUCCGCUCAGUAAAGAGCACUCCGAGUUUUUUUUUUUUUUUUUCUUGGAGCCUAAAUUAUUGAAUGUGUGUUUUAUGCACAACUUAAAUGCACUUAUACAGGAAGCUAUCUGUAAAGCAGCUAAAAGAAAUGUCACCAUUUCUGAAGUUCUUCCUUUGUUUUUGUUUGUUUUUUCUUGAACACAAUCAGACUAAUUAGGGAGAAUAAAAACAUCCCUAUGUGUUAUACUUGAAGUUCUAUAAGACUUUAAUAUAAUCAAAACACACUGAAAGAACUGAAAGCAGCUGUACGUCUGUUGGUCUUACAUUGUCUGUAAAUAAUGUUCUCCAGAGUCCAACA